GGGCCGCGGCCGGAGUCGCGGGCGGUGGCCGAGCGGCGCGACGAUGGGCUGUGACGGCGGGCUGUGACGGCGUGCAGCGGUCGGUCCACGCCAGAAUGGCAGAGCCUGGGGGACCGGAUCCGAGGGGCAGGACCGUGGUGUAGCCUUCUGGAAGAGAGGAGCCAUAUCUGCAUGUCACAUAGCUGCGUAUCAGACGAGGCUCCUGCUGAAAGCAGUGUUCUCAAGUUCCCAAGACACGGUCCAGGCCUCUUCCAGGUCUGAGGCCGUCUCCAUGCCUGAUGCUUUAGUGAUGGGACUUCAUGCUUCCUGGCAAAGUGUGGCAGCUUUAGGAAAGGAAUCCUUGACGUUCUCUUCUGCCUCAGAGAGCCUGGUGGAGCUGCAGACAGCUGAGCAGGGUUUGUCCCUCCAGAGCAUGAACGCUCAGCCAUUCAGUCCCGGGUGGUGCUAGCAGGCCCCUUGGAAAGAAGAGUCAUGGCCGCGGCCGCAGCCUCUCACCUGAACCUGGACGCGCUGCGGGAAGUGCUGGAAUGCCCCAUCUGCAUGGAGUCCUUCACGGAGGAGCAGCUGCGGCCCAAACUCUUACACUGCGGCCACACCAUCUGCUGCCAGUGUCUGGAGAAGCUCCUGGCCAGCAGCAUCAACGGCGUCCGCUGCCCCUUUUGCAGCAAGAUCACCCUCAUCACCAGCCUGGCCCAGCUGACCGACAACCUGACGGUGCUGAAGAUCAUCGACAAGGCGGGGCUCAGCGAGGCGGUGGGGCUGCUCAUGUGCCGCUCCUGCGGACGGCGGCUGCCGCGGCAGUUCUGCCGGAGCUGCGGCGUGGUGGUGUGCGAGCCGUGCCGCGAGGCGGAGCACCCGCCGCCGGGGCACUGCGCGCUCCCGGUCAAAGAGGCGGCGGAGGAGCGGCGGCGAGACUUCGGCCGGAAGUUGGCGCGUCUGCGGGAGCUCACGGGAGAGCUGCAGCGGCGGAAGGUGGCCUUGGAGGGCGUCUCCAAGGACCUGCAGGCCCGGUAUAAGGCGGUCCUCCAGGAGUAUGGGCACGAGGAGCGCAGGGUCCAGGAGGAGCUGGCUCGCUCCCGGAAGUUCUUCACGGGCUCGCUGGCCGAGGUGGAGAAGUCCAACAGUCAGGUGGUGGAGGAGCAGAGCUACCUGCUCAACAUCGCCGAGGUGCAGGCCGUGUCCCGCUGCGACUACUUCCUGGCCAAGAUCAAGCAGGCAGACGUGGCGCUCCUGGAAGAGGCAGCCGACGAGGAGGAGCCCGAGCUCACCGCCAGCCUGCCCCGGGAGCUCACCCUGCAGGACGUGGAGCUCCUCAAGGUCGGCCACGUCGGCCCUCUCCAGAUCGGGCAGGCGGUCAAGAAGCCCCGGACGGUCAACAUGGAAGACUCGUGGGCCAUGGAGGCAGCGGCCUCUGCCGCCCCUUCCUCGGCUACGUUUAGAGAGAUGGACGUGAGCCCCGAGGACGCGGGGGCCAGCCCGAGGGCCUCACCUGCCAAGCAGCGGGGUUCCGACCCGGCCGGCAACAUCCAGCAGUGCCUCUUUCUCAAGAAGAUGGGGGCCAAAGGCAGCGCCCCGGGCAUGUUCAACCUCCCGGUCAGUCUCUACGUGACCAGUCAAGGCGAGGUGCUGGUUGCUGACCGCGGCAACUACCGCAUACAAGUCUUUACCCGCAAAGGCUUUCUGAAGGAGAUCCGCCGCAGCUCCAGCGCCAUGGAUAGCUUUGUGCUGAGCUUCUUUGGGGCCGACCCGCCCAACCUCACUCCUCUGUCAGUGGCUAUGAACUGCCACGGGCUGAUCGGCGUGACUGACAGCUACGACAACUCGCUCAAGGUAUACACCUUGGACGGCCACUGCGUGGCCUGUCACCGGAGCCAGCUGAGCAAACCCUGGGGCAUCACAGCCCUCCCGUCCGGCCAGUUUGUGGUAACCGACGUGGAAGGUGGAAAGCUCUGGUGCUUCACGGUUGACCGAGGCGCGGGGGUGGUCAAAUACAGCUGCCUCUGCAGCGCCGUGCGGCCCAAGUUUGUCGCCUGUGACGCUGAAGGCACCGUCUACUUCACCCAGGGCCUGGGUCUCAACCUGGAGAACUGGCAGAACGAGCACCACCUGGAGGGCGGCUUCUCCAUCGGCUCCGUGGGCCCUGACGGGCAGCUGGGUCGCCAGAUCAGCCACUUCUUCUCGGAGAACGAGGAUUUCCGCUGCAUCACCGGCAUGUGUGUGGACGCCCGUGGUGAUCUCAUCGUGGCCGACAGCAGUCGCAAGGAAAUCCUCCACUUCCCCAAGGGUGGGGGCUACAGCGUCCUUAUUCGAGAGGGGCUCACUUGUCCGGUGGGCAUCGCCCUCACUCCAAAGGGGCAGCUGCUGGUCCUGGACUGUUGGGAUCAUUGCAUCAAGAUUUACAGCUACCAUCUGAGAAGAUACUCUACCCCUUAGGGGCUGGGGAAUAUCCGUUUCUUCUGCUCCCCAACCACCUGACCUUCCCUUAUCCCUUGGUUGUUGGCGGUACUGUAGAGUAGACUUGGCCUGUGUCUUGACUCCAACUGGCUAGUCCUAGAAGUUUAGAAGCUCUGUCUUUAGCAGGUUUUUUUGUUUGUUUGUUUGUUUUAAUUAUUCUCUCAAAGUUUAGAGCUUUAACAGAUGCAGUAUCCCCCAUAGGACACGUGAUUUGAGGUUAGCUGACAUUUGAUUAGAACAUAGGCCCUUCCAAGGCUUCAGUAGAGAGCCUUCUGCCCCUGUAUUUGAAAUCGCCCCUUGUAUUGAGUCCUUGUUGAGUUCCCCCACUUUUGGCUUUGGUAACUCUGGUCCCUUCCUUCCUUCCUUCCUGUUCUAACAUGCUCCGUCGGUGGCGCUUUCCCUUUAACUUGCUGCGUUCAUUGUGCACGCUGCAGUGGGACCUCCUUCACCUUUCUGUGACACUUCAGACAUCACAUCCCUGUGACGUGGUGUCUCAGGUCUGACCACCUUUACCAUCUGAGAGACCAUUCGCUUAGUGCCACCACGGGAGCACCACACUCCCCACCGGGAGGCAGUACUUUCCUGGCUCUAGGGGUUUUGCGAUAUCUUGGAUUGGUCUCUAAUUGCAGGUGUGGCCAAGGAUCCAGGGCAGAAAAUGGAUCGACCCCCAUUGGUUGGUGUUGAAGACUUUAGCCUGGGAAUCACUUGCCUUUUAAAGGAGCAUAUGGAUUAGAAAAGUUAUGCCAAAGCACAGGAAGAUGGAAAUAAAAAUAAAUGCUACUAUAGUCAGCAGACAUUAAUGAGUAGUCUCUAGAGCACAUCCAUUUUUCAUAUUACCUCUCUCCGCUGACCUGUGGUAGGAGCUGUCUGCAGAAUUGUACCACACAGGCCAGGGCCAAGAAAGUGGGGAGGUGGACUCAUCUCAUUUUCAUUACUAAAACAAAAGUGUUGGGUCCUCAUUGUGCAUUUUCCCCAAGUGAGUGCAUAAUUUUGGUUGGGGGAUUUAUUUCCAUCCCUCUAUCAAGCAUUAAAUAAUUAAUAACUGUUUCUUCAUCACUCGUGUUCAUGUCUUUUAAUUGAAUCUGAGAUUGGGGAGGGGAGGGGAAGGAUAAGUUGUGCCUUGCUGCUUUGCUUCCAGACCUAACCUUGCAUUUUCUGAGAGCAGUAUGAAGCUACCUAGGUCACCAUUCAGCAAAAAGCACCGUUACGUAGAGAUAAUCCAAAACUUACUCCCACAUACAUGUGUACAGACUCAGCCCUCAAAGUCUAUAGUCACCAACGCCAUGUUCUAAACUCAGCAUCCACCAUCUGCUUUAUCUUUACAAUUAAAGUUCAGAAACCUGUGCUUUUAGGAAGACCAGAGGUGGGUGAGGGACUUUGUGACAAGGUUCCUCAGGCUCUGGUGUUUACCAAGCAAAGUCUUGUGCGGUCUGGGUGCAGGGCUAAUGACAAGUCAAAGAAUAUACUUUGCUUGCACAGAAGCAAAAUCUGCUAAGCCAAGCUACUUAAAAAAAAAAAAAAAAUGGUGAUAGUGGCGUUGCUUUUUUGGCUUCUGUUGUGAUAGCUGCCAAAGGGUAGGAAAGGAGCUAAUUAAAAUGAUGUUGGACUAGUUUGUCUUGUGCUUUACACCUGGAGAAAGCCCCGUGCUCUGAUUAUGAGCGCGCAUCUGAUUUCUAAAGAUUAUAUAAUUGAGAGGAAAUAGAUCCAAUUAAAAGUGCAUCACGGAUGACUCCACCAGUUAUUACAGCCACUUUAUCUGUGAGGGCACCUGGCAGCAGGAGGUCUAUCUUUGCUGUCAGCGGGGACUUGCUGAGGCAAUAACAGUGGCCGAGGACUUUGGCACAAGGUUUGCGACAGAGAAAUGGAUAUAACAUUGCUGGCUGGCUUGAAGUAACAAUGCCAGGAAUCCUCCUGCUGCCUACGCUUUUGGGAGGAAGUGCCAUCACUAUUGCAUUCAGCAUUUAGGUCUACCCCACCUCUGAACCACACUCCUGCCUUGGCCUUCAAAUGCAGCAGGCUACCUGCUGGUUCAGAAUAGAAGUAAAUAUGAAUGCUCUUGUUCCUUUGCUGUGAUAUUUUAGGCUGUGCUUGGGACAGUCAAUUUUCAGUUAUCUACCACGUUGACUAAAUUACAGAGUAUAGCCCCAAGACUCUACUGAAUUACA